UUUCAUUGGAAAUGGCUUCUUCCUCAUCUUCUUCUUCUCUAUCUCUAAUGGCUUCCCAAACCCUAAUCCCCCAAAACCCUACCUUCCUUCAUCCUCACAGACCCUCAAUUGUCUCCCUUUCUAAACCCAAAUUCCCUUUCUCUCCAAAAUCCCUUCGUUUUUCUCUCGCAAACCCUAAGAAAUCCCUGAUUAUCGCCUCAUCUUCGUCUACGGUUUCCCCAAAUCCACCAGCGGAAUCGCUACUCAUCGGCUCCACUAGAACAAUCACAACCCUAGUCGCAAUUGCCCUCGCAGCUUCCAAAGUAUUCGCUCAGAAAAUCUCCACCAUCGCCGUGAAUUCGAACCUUCACAAAAACGUACUGUCAAUUACCGGUCCUUUGUUUUUUGCCACCAUGAGUGGCCGGUCGGGUCGUCUGCACACGCCGUUGACGGUUGUGGCCGCCGGAAUGGCGAAAUGGCUCGAUAUUUACAGUGGGGUUUUGCUGGUUAGGGUUUUGUUGAGUUGGUUUCCGAAUAUUCCAUGGGAUAGACAGCCAUUGUCAGCCAUUCGUGAUUUGUGUGAUCCUUAUUUGAAUCUGUUUAGGAACAUCAUCCCUCCAUUAUUUGAUACUUUGGAUGUUAGUCCUUUGUUGGCUUUUGCAGUAUUGGGUUUGCUUUCUGGGAUUAUGAGCAGCAGCAAGAUGGCAUGAUAGGAAACAGAAGGUUUGCAAGUUUAUGGAUACGGUUUUUACGGUCUAUUCAUUAGCGUCGUGAAGGUUGGUCUCUCAUUGUCGUCAAAUUUUGCUCGUUUUUCUUAUAUUCAUAAGCAAGUAGUCGUAUAAUGUAAUACCAUUGAAGGUAGCACCAAUUUCUACUAUGAUCGAAUAAUUCUACUAGACGAUCGGUACAUGGCGGUGUAGUCGGGUUCUUAUUGAUGCAUGGAUUUUACAUGCUUGUUGUUUGUUAUAUAUACGAGUUUCUGUUCAAAGCGUCGUUUA